AUGCUUCAGCAUCAUUCAAAAAUGGCUCCACCAACCGCAACUGUUGUUGUGUCGACUCGUGAAGAAGACUCGAUGAACAAUGAGCCAUCGUUGAGUGGUCGUCAGAUUAUUGGUAUCAUAUAUCCACCUCCGGAUAUCCGAACAAUUGUUGACAAGACAGCCGCAUUUGUGGCACGAAACGGGAUCGAUUUCGAGAAUAAAAUUCGUGAGAAAGAAUCGUCGAAUCCGAGAUUCAGUUUUUUGAGUAAUACAGAUCCAUAUAAUGCCUACUAUCAGCACAAAGUGGUUGAGUUCCGUGACGGUAAAACCACUGAGCCCGCAGUUCAGCGUCCUCAAGUGCCAGAGGCAGUGAAAGAGCAUGUAAAGCAAACAGAGUUCAUUCCACGGAAUCCACCACCCCCGUUCGAGUUUAAAACUGAUCCGGCAACGAUCAACGCAUUCGAUUUGUUCGUUUAUUAUUUCUUUAUUCAGUUCAUAUUUAUGCACGUAUUGACGAUGCUGUUUCAUUUAGUUGCUCGAUUUGAAAGUCGUUCAGUACGAAAACAAAACUUUUGUGAUGCAAACGAAUCAUGA